GUGCGCUCCCGGUCACGGAGCGCUCUACUUCACUGUCGAGUCUCAGUCAACUUCUCAACAGAGGCAGAAAUAGCAGUUAUCAACAUAACUGCAACAUCCAGUCUGCUGUGUCCACUACUGUGUCUGCCAUCAAGUCACUGAGGAUUAAACCAGAGCUUUCACAAUGAGGUGACUUACUGUGAAGUGUUGUGUCGAACGUCAUGGGGACAUCUGAGAACACAAGGAGGCGUCUGGGGAGGUGGCAAGUCAUGGAGUUAGUGAUGGUGAUGGUGGUGCUGGUGGGCUCAGGUCUGUGCCAGGUGGUCCCCUCUCAGAGCCCCUGUCCUGAAGGAGCUACCCCCCACAGUCUGGAGCAGCCAGUGUAUGAAGAGUCUGUGAGACCAGUGGGAGACUUCAUGGCUUCUUUUGUCCAGUCUUUUCUCAACACAGUGCAGCCCAAACCAUUUCCUAAAGAUCUAGUUCUUGAAAUCGUACAAGAUCCCGGCAAUACAUUGAGUAAUCAGGAAUUUGUCAAAGAAGUGCUGGUGUAUGGAACAGGGUUCCUGGUGUGCGUAGCCAUUGGGGUCUUGUACAUCGUGCUUAUGCCCAUAGUUGGUUUGUUCUUGGCCUGCUGUCGCUGCUGUGGUAACUGUGGAGGCAAGAUGCAGCAGAAACAGACCUCCUCCAUUCACUGUCGCCGAAGAGCGCUGUACUCGGCCACAUUCGUCACCACUGUCAUCAUACUAGCUGGGAAUAUUUGUAUGUUUAGAAGCAACGAAUCACUCAAAAGAAGCGUGGACAGCAGCACGGUGGAGAUAAACGUAGCUCUCAGUAACAUCAAUACGUUUCUCACUGCUGUGCCUCAGCAAGUCCAGUUUGUUGUAAAUGAGAGCUACGUCACUAUAGAGGAAGUCACCAAAAACCUUGAUGCGAUCGGGCCGCAGUUGGGAAGUGAAAUUCAGAAACAAUUUGAAUCAACGUUCACUCCAGCUCUUCAGUCUCUGAUUAUUCUGGACCAAGAGGUUGUAAACACCAGUGCUCUUCUGAAGAAGCUCAAUACAUCUCUCAACAAUUUGGAGUCCAACGCGAGCACGAUCCAGAUCGAGAUCACUAAUGUUAAAAACGAAAUAAACGAGACCUUAUCCAAACCAGAUUGUACUAACUGUGAGAAUAUGAAGCCUGAACUCAACAAACUCACAGUGGACACCUCCAUUGAUACCUCCAGUCUCGAUGAGCUACAGACAGCAUUGAAUGAAAUGAUAAAAGCUGACCUUAAUUCAAAAAUCAAAGAGGUUGAAAUGCAGUUCAAAAACAUUCCAGAGAGCGUGACCAACGACACAAGGGAGGUUGUUAAAAGCAGCAAGGCAGAGCUGGCGAAAAUCAAAAGCCAGAUUUCCAACAUCUCUACAGACCUCCCAUUGUCCAGUCUCAAUGAUGUUUUAACUCAGCUGGAAAACUUUCAGGCAAACAUUAGCACAUACUCACCCGAAGUCGAGCGAGUGGAGUACAUCAGGUGGUGCGUGUGUAUCACCCUGUGCUGUGUGAUUCUUCUGGUGGUGGUGUGUAAUGUCUUUGGUCUGGCUCUGGGUCCUCUGGGUCUAAAGUCCAAAGUGGAGCCAACAAAGCGCUCGUGUACAUCUGACUGUGGAGGGACCUUCUUCAUGAUGGGCGCUGGUUUUAGCUUCCUUAUUUCCUGGCUGUUCAUGAUUUUGGUGCUGAUCCUCUUCCUGAUUGGUGCGAAUGCCUAUACAUUGUUGUGUAAACCAUGGAGAAAUGGAGAAUUGCUACAGCUCCUUGACACUCCAGGUGUAAUUCCUGGAUUUAACCUGAGUGAAACCUUUGGGGCCAACAUAACCAUUUCUAGUAUUUACCGAGAUUGUGAAGAAGAUAAGCCUGCAUGGUCUGUCUUUCAAUUCAAUCAACACAUAAAUCUUGAUGACCUGCUCAAUGUAUCCAAAUACACGGAUGAAAUUAAGAAGGACUUUGAGGACACCAACAUCGACCUGUCCCCUAUCAAUUUCCUCACUCCAGAAGUGAAAGACCAACUAAAGAGUUUUGCCUCAAAAUCAGGCAACAUUGAUUUUUCAACAACAGUUCAGGAGAUAAAUAACUUCACCAAGGUGAACUUGAACACCACAGCAGACAAACUUGACCAAUUGGCACAAAUACAAACUGGUCAAAUCAAAAUGGAACUUAAAAAUGAAGCCCAGAAACUAAGAAAAAUCCAGGCUGAUAUCGAGACUGUCAUAUUUCCCCAACUGACAACAGUAAGCUCAACCAUCGAUGAGCUGAAAACAACACUGACAAAAAGCAAUGCCACGGUGGGGGAGGUGCUGAGGAGCGUGGGAGUAGCACAAGACUUCUUCAACAAAAAUGCAACUCAGAUCGUGAAGACCGAAAGUGGGCAGUUUUUGGACUGUCAGUUGGGAUACUUCACUGCCUUUGCUGACUGGGCCCGAAAUAUGAUCACACAGGAGCUGGGUCGCUGUGGGCCGGUCGCAGGAGCUGUGGACUCUGCUAACAUAAUUAUAUGCUCCAAUAUGGUGGAGUCUCUGAAUGCGUUCUGGUUCAGCCUGGGGUGGUGCAUGAUCUUUCUCAUCCCAAGUAUCAUCUUUUCCAUCAAACUGGCCAAAUACUACAGGAGAAUGAAGUACAAUGAUGUGUUUGAUACCCACAUAAACAUGAUCAACAUCCCCAGACCCACAAUGCGAAUCAGUUGAAGUGGCAGCUCCAAAUUUGUCGCUCAGAGCUCAACAGGACAACAUAAUGCUUAAAUGUGGGAUGUCACGUUUUUAUUCAUUUCAUUUGGAUUUCAAAGAAGCUAUAUCAGAUGUAACUUCUGUAAGUGUCAUCCACAACGUUUUAUAUUUUUUUAAUAUCUGUAUUUUUGGUUCUUAAUUUCAAUUCAGUUUGGUACUAUACACUGUCUGUGACCCCUGAUUGUAUUUAGAAAAUUAUUUCAAACUUGCCAAACUAGGAGAUCACUUACACGUUGUUUUUUUUUAUGUAUUUGGUUGUAUGUUUUAUAUAGACUGUGUUUAUUGAUAAAACAUCUCAAACUGUUUGCACUGUUACAAAUGAGCACACUAUGCAAUAAUUUAUAGACUGUUUGUAAUGAUUAACGUUUUUUGUCUCAUGUUUUGUCUGAGCAACCAUUUUGUUUUUGUACGGGUUUGUAAUAAUAGUUAAGAUUUGAUUUUAUAUCGUAUUAAAUUAUUUAUGUUUUAUUCUUUUAGCACUUGAUUUGUUCUGUUUUCUCUGUGUAUAAUGUAUUCGAGUAUGGUGUUACUGUUAGUGAUAAGCUAAUGCGCCGUCCCUUUGCACAUUUACUGCCUUUAACUGUAACAGGAUUGGAAUCUGAAAUAGCCUCUCUUGAAUCAGCAUUCGAUGUACUGGUACAUAUUUUUAUUCUUGGGUAGAAAUCUCAAAAUUGCACAAGACUCUGACUCUGUAUUGUGGAGAUAUUUUGACAUUAAGAUUAAAAAGUAGGUCCCUGAUUGUAAAA